AUGGAUCCAACUUAUGAGUUAUUCUUUGGCUCUUCAACAUUUGACGAGGAGUUUGAUUUAGAUUUAACUCUUGUUAUUAAAGAAGAACGUUCGGGUAAUAAAAGGGGCUCAACAUCACAUAUCUCCAUUCGAAGAGAUUCGCUUGAGGGCCACCAACAUGAAGUCGAAGCAUACAAACUAUAUUAUGUCCAAAGAAGAAAUGUUACUGGAAGACUUGGUCAUUCCUCUCUUGCAAAAAUAACUGCUGCAAUUAGAAUAUUAGCUUAUGGACUAUCUGGCGAUUUUGUAGACGAAUACUCAAGGAUUGCAGAAAAUACAACAACCAAGUGUUUGACGAAAUUUGUUAAGGCUAUCAUUGGCAUAUUCUCCAUAAAAUACUUGAGAUUACCAAAUGACAAUGAUAUUGCUAGAUUGCUCACUAUUGGAGAAAUUUGUGGGUUUCCUGGAAUGUUAGGAAGAUCUCAUAAUGAUAUUAAUUUCCUAGAACACUCUUCUGUUUUUAAGGAGCUUACUGAAGGACACGCUCCAAAGGUCAACUACUCAAUAAAUGGACAUGGAUAUUCAAUGAGAUAUUAUCUUGCUGAUGGUAUAUAUUUUUCGUGGUCGACAUUUGUCAAAACAAUUCUUGCUCCACAAGGUCAUAAAAGGAAAUAUUUUGCAGCAGCUCAAGAAUCAACAAGAAAAGAUGUAGAACGAGCUUUUGGAGUGCUUCAAGCUUGA